UCUUUGUUUUGAAUGCCUAGAUUUCAAUUUGUAAGUUCGGAAAUCGCGGGCGUUGAUAAAAGCCACUCACUUUAAAUAUGACUUUCAUGGGUUACUAACCUUUAAACACCUGUUUUGAAAUUCUUACACCCAUGUUUUCUGUCUGUUGAUAAAUUAAUAAACCUAACUUAUGAACUUAGAAAAUUUAGCCUAAAUGAAUGCUUUGGCUGUUUUGAAAUGGGAGAAGCCAUUAAAGGAUCUUUUUAUCAAUAUUUACAAGGACUGAAAGACUCUGGUUAUGGAAUUGUUUAUAUUUAUCAAUUGGAUAAAAAAGUAAAAGAUCAAAAUCGUCGAAAGCGACAAAGAAUUCAAGAUGAAAUCAAUUCAAGGAGGCAAAGAGGUAGAUUUGACGUACGACGGCCAAUACAUCCCGGAACAUCAAGAUUAAAUGAUCAAAGUCUUUCAGUCAAAACAGAACCUCGUUUAUUGGGGAGAGUUGCUCUCAGUGCAACAAUGAGUUCAUUUAUUUGGAUUAGUAUUUGGGGAUUUAAUACAUUUUUGCUGCCCUUGAUUCGGUACUAUGCUCAGAAUCUUCUACCUGGAUCUCCAGCUGUUGAAACUGUAGAAAAAACAAGAAAAGUUUGGGAAAACACAGAAUUUGUUCUGCAGUUUAUUUUUUCUUCAUUAUGGGUGUUGCCUUUGUAUAUAAUCAGCAAGAUUGUCAAUGGAUUCUGGUUUGUCGAUGUAUCAAACUCUGUUUAUCAGUUAUAUCAUGGUAGACCUCGUGCUUUUCCUACCGUAGGAAAAAUGAUAGCAGAUUUUAUAUAUGGACUUGUCAUUGAAACUGUGUUCUUAUUGCAGGCCAUGUUGGUGAAACAUAUUCCAUUUAUGCAAGAAUUGACUUACAUAAUGUUCUGCAUACAUCACUCCCUACUCUAUGCAUUAUACGCUUUCGAAUACAAAUGGUUUAAUAUGGGCUUGGAUGUUCGAUUGAGGAUACAGAUGGUUGAAACUCACUGGCCGUAUUUUUGUGGAUUUGGUACUCCACUUUUUGUACUUACAAGCGUAACUUAUAGUUUUUAUCCUACCGUUAUAAGUGCUUGUGUAUUUUCUAUACUGUUUCCAUUUUUUAUCAUAAGUGCCACAAAAGCAGGGACCCCUAGAGAAACUCCUGCUGUCAGGUUAAGGAUAUUUGAGCUUUCCAUGUCAUUAUGCAAUACUCUAUUCAAAACUUCAGUCAAAGCAAGAAAUAAUGCAGAAGCAGAUAACAAUAGCCAAUAUUAUUUGAGCAAUCAGCAACAAAGAUGAAUUUCAAUUUCUUGAUUUAGAAUCAAUUGCCAACAAGACUGCUCAUAUAGACUUGUAAAUUUACUCUUAUUUCUUAGCUUAGGUUGCCCAUAGUUACCUAUGAUUAAUAACAAUUAUUAUUUUUUUCUGACAAAUGGUGACUGUGACUCAUGAGUCAAUGCUAUUUACAUUCUUGCAGCGUUACUUUUAUGAUCUGAGUUGAUAUUUGUAAUAUAUCACAAUUGGUAUUUGUAAUAUAUGACGUAUGGUAAAAUAACAUUUACAAUAUAAUUUAGUUGAAGACUCGCAGUUCUGACUUUUGUUUAUUAUUUUUUAAGCUUUUAAUGUAAAAUUUUUAAUUUUUUUGUUUCUUUUAGUCGUACUGAGUAUUUGAACAUAAAUUGUCGUAACUAUCUGCCUCAAUGUUUGUUACAGAAUGAAAUGGAUUAUACAUAGCAACUAAAGAGUGUGUGAUGACUGAUAUGUUUAUUUGAUUAAUCCUCUCUCUUCUAUGACAUUUUAUGAAUUUGCAGUGUUUAUAAGUUAGCAUUUAUCUAUGGAUAAGUUUCAUUCAUUGAAUUACUCGUUAUUGAGUACAAAUAUUUAUUCAUUGUUCAGAUCAAACAGACGUUUGCACAUGUCAACAUGAUAUAUUUUCCGUUUUCAAAAUUCGCCAAAAAUUUUCAAUGGCCAGCAGAGAAUUUGAAAUAGAAUAGAAAUUGUUUAUACCUGCUGCCUUUAUACUACAGUAAUAUCUGGUAUCAAACAACCCACUAUCUUACAAAUUAGGUACUUCCAGAAAAAACUUUAAUUAUAUUUCUGUGUUUCAUUUCAGCAAUGAAAAUGGCAUAUUAGUGACCCAUAUUGUUGUAAACUCAGUCAUACCAUGCAUGUUUAAUAAGCUUGGUGAUUUGUGAAUGUUUUUUUCUUCUUAUUUUUAAGAUUUGCCUGUUGUUUAUUUGAAGCAAUACAAUCUUUUUGAAUUUA